GUCACGUGCGAUGGUCAAUGUCAAUGCUAGCGGAGCCUGUGGAGGUGCUUCCGCAUUGACCGACAGCAUCCACUUACACAAGCGUCCAUCAUUUUUAUCACUGUGAUCAAACCACGAGCCCUCACAGAUUUGGCGAUCAAUGACCAUCCAAAGCAUAGUCGAAUCCAACGCUAUGGGGGUCUGCGAGGUAGCUACCAAACUCACCCCAGUAAACGCUGCGUCGCAGAACAAACCUUCACUUCUUACUUCGUGCUCACUUCUAACUGCCAUGAUCCCCGGAAAGGUCAUUCGAAUCAACGACAAGGUCACAUUGAAACUUUGGCCCAGGCUCGAGGGCAAAGUUCUCAGAAUUACCCCGACGUAUUCGAUCGAAGUCAAGCCAAUGACGGUCUCGCCGCAUUACCCCAAAUUUUACCCCGAUCAGCUGGUAGCUAAUGUUCAAGAAGUGGUCAUCAUAAAACACCCUUUUCCCGAAGCGAAUGACGUCGUCCAGGAGGAUCAGGAGGACGACGAGCAUUCCAAGGAUUUCCUAAUCAUCAGCAGUGAUGAAUCAGAGGAAUGCAAUCAAAAUGAAGGGGUAUCCUCGAGCGUCCCCUUGCAAGCAUAUGCUUACAUCGCCAAAGUCCAUACCAGUGAAGCCAACGACGGCGAUGGACCUACUACUGAAGUGGGACGGAAAAGGAAGAGGGAGGAGUAGGUGUGUCUGGGUCAGGGAUUUUUGGAUCGUCGAGGCAUUG